UGUUUGAUCCUGACUUCUCUGAUCCUCCCCUUCUUCCAGUGCCCCCCACUUAUCUUCUGAUAAGACAUAUCGUGUGGAGUCACUCUGCACAUGCACAGUUUGGUGUGUAUUGCUAGAAUAGUGCAUGUGAUCAGCACAGGGCCAAUCAGCACUGUCCAGACAGAGGGUCAGGUGUUCUGCAUCAUCCUAGAGCAGAAUGAAAACUUCUCCUACAAAAUUUAACCAGCGCUCUACUGAAAACUGAUAGAAAUCACAAGAUUGUUCUAACUUCUGAUGAGAAAAGGUAUUUAGCAGUUUUUUAUUUACUAA